UUAUCGCAGACCAGACACCUCAAGUUAACCGCCCUACAACCCAUCCAUCAGUUUGAAGCGAUAGGCACAAUUGUAGCCGCGACGAAUCGAAUAGUCGUGGAUUUCGAUCGACAACGAGAUAUUGCCGCUGUCAUGCGCGGGCUGGCUAUCAAAGAGUCCUUGGGUAGAAUGCAGGAGAGGAUCGGCGAGAUGUUGGACAGAGUUGCUGCGAACACCGCGCAGAUGACGAUGAAUGAGGAGAAGAACAUGAACAUCGUCGCCCGUCUGCACGACGUGAUCACGUACUGCAGGGUUUUCAUGAUCGUCACCAUCGUGUUCAUCGUCCUGAUGUUGCUACUCGUAAUCGCAUAUUGGGUGCAAGACCGGCGCAAGAGUAGAUCUGACACCUUCUACAUCGUUGUACAAGGGAUGACAGGGCAAUAGGCGUUGGAAGGGUUCGCUUCCUUGCCCCGGUAGUCUGUAUGAUCACCGUUGAUAAUACGACGAAGAGGUUGAGCUGUAGAACGAAGGGCGAUCGAAAUCGUGC